AUGACAACUCCACCAUUCAUACCCUCACCAUUUCUGGAUAUUGUGAUUGCAGUAAUAUUUGGAGUAGGUGUAGUUGAUCUUGCAGUGGGUUUCUUAGGGGCAAUUACUGGAGGCGGGGGAAAAGGUGGAAUAAGAGAUGUGGUGAUGGGAGGAGGAGACGCCAGCGAAAGUGGAGGGGGAUUUAACAAGGAUGGAGCCUGGGAAGAAACAGGUAGUGGAGGUGGAGGUAAUGCAGGAGAGGGAGGGCUGGUGAGCGGUGACUUUAUAGCGAGAGGAGGUGGAGAAACUGAGGUAGAUGGCGAUGGGACUGCAAUUGACAGAGGAGGAGAGGGUGAAAGAGUUGGAGAGAGAGGUGCUACGUCAAAGGGAGGGGAAGGUGAUGCUUGUGGGGAAGGAGGAGGUGAUAAGUUUACAAAUGGAGGGGGGCAGCAGGGGGUGGCGGUGGUGGCAUAG